AGCGCCAACCCGGAAGUGGUGGCGGGAGCGGCGGCGCGCGGGCCAAUGGGAGCUGGGGGCGGGGCCGGAGGGGGCGGGGCCUUGCUCGGCCGCCAUGGGGCUCCUGACGAUCCUGAAGAAAAUGCGCGAGAAGGAGCGAGAGCUGCGGCUGCUCGUGCUGGGAUUGGACAACGCCGGGAAGACGACGCUGCUGAAGCGGCUGAACGGGGAGGACGUGGGCGGCACCUCCCCCACGCUGGGCUUCAACAUCAAAACGCUCGAGCACCGCGGGUUCCAGCUGCACGUGUGGGACGUCGGGGGCCAGAGCUCUCUGCGCUCCUAUUGGCGCAAUUACUUCGAGAGCACGGACGGGCUGGUCUGGGUGGUGGACAGCAGUGACCACGAGCGGCUCAAGCUCUGUGCCCGCGAGCUGAAAGCGCUGCUGAAGGAAGAGCGCCUGGCCGGGGCCUCCCUGCUCGUGUUCGCCAACAAGCAGGACCUGCCCGGGGCGCUGCCGGCCGGGGACAUCCGACAGGCCCUGGAGCUGGACUCCAUCCGCAGCCACCGCUGGCGCCUCCAGGGCUGCUCGGCCUUCACCGGGCGCGACCUCCUGCCCGGCCUGGACUGGCUGCUGGACGACAUCGGGGCCCGGCUGUGCCCCAUUGACUGACCACUGAGUGACCACUGACCACCGGAGUGACUCCUGCAGUGACCACAGUGACCACCGACCCCUGACUGACCCCACAGUGCCCUCCUGCCCGGCCUGGACUGGCUGCUGGACGACAUCGGGGCCCGGCUGUGCCCCAUAGACUGACCACUGAGUGACCACAGUGACCACACUGACCAGUGACCCCAGAGUGACCCACCCUGAGUGACCACAGACUGACCACAGUGACCGCAUUGCCCUCCUGCCCGGCCUGGACUGGCUGCUGGACGACAUCGGGGCCCGCCUGUGCCCCAUUGACUGACCACUGAGUGACCACAGUGACCACUGACCACCGACUGAGUGAUCCUGAGUGACCGCAGUGACCACCAGAGUGACCCUCAGUGACUCUUGUGCCCCAUGGAGUGACCACUGCAGUGACCCCCCCCAGACUGACCCUUAGAGUGACCACAGUGACAACUGACCAUUUGAAUGACCACCAGUGACCUCUGGAGCAACCCUGAGUGACCGCCGGACUGACCACCAGAGUGACCCCUGCAGUGACCACUGGAGUGACCCCGCCCAGCCCCUCCCCUCGGUGCCAAUAAAGUUGGGCAGUUUUGGGUCAA